AUGCCCAGGGCAGUAAGUAGCCCCGAGCUGCGUGGCUCUUCCGGUGGCGCACCCGGCGUCAAUGUUCUCCACUCUUUCAUCCGGUUCCGCGAUCCCGCAGUCCCGCGCGUACCGGGCAUGGGGCCGUGUCACCGAGUCUUUGGGCCAGACAUUGGCCCCAACCACGAUGUCCUCCUGAGAAACUGA